CCUCAUUCGCGUUUUGGGCGAGCGGCUGCCUUUGGGCUCACCUUCUCCGGCACUGGGCCGGCACCGCGCAGAAUAACCAACGAUUUGCGCUUUAUCUGCUCCUCCGCCGCGUAUUAGAGUGACGCACUGGAAUGCCGGCGCUCGGAUUCUGGGUGUACGCAUCGGGAGUCAGUCAAACAGCACAUGAGAAAGCCUUUCCAUUCCCACUCAGGCGAAGGGACUCCUCCCCAUCUCAUCUGUGACACUCUCAAGACAGCAGCGAGAAAGGAUACCAGCCCUGUCGAAGAGUCCUGAGCAUAAGAAAAGCGCAAAGCGACGUUCGGCUGCUUCGGCUCUUCGGAGAUUGUCGUUUUAAAAAAUAAAAAAAAAAGUUCCAGAAACGCAGAGAGUGCGGAUUUCUGCUGCGUGAUACUGACACGGGACACAGUCGCUACUCUUCAGAAAAUCUCGGACUAACCUUGUACUGUUGAUACCCUGCAAGAGGUGACGAGUUGCAGCGUUGUGAACAUAUCUGCAAAACAGUAUAAUCCUGGGAGAAGAAGGGUUUGAUUUGGCGAUCGUGGUUAAACAUGCUGCAAACGUUGUUUUAACUGCAGGACUUGUGUAGGCUCAAAUGUGUGCUCCAUUGCUGUGAAGUGCAUGCGUCGUACUGUUGGCGUAAGAGAUGUUUGGCACGUUAAACUUAAAAGACACCACCAGUAUAUAAAGUCACCACGACGCCUACCGUGGACAGUGACUGCCGUUUUCGGAAACCGUGCCUCUAGCUUGACAGUCUGUUAUUUUACUCGUUCGACAAUUUCAAGUUUACAGAGCAGAAAAAAGCAAACCUCGGUGUUGAUUUCGUAAAUAAGAUUUGGGACAUUUUCGCAUUUUCUUCCAUUACACCUUCAACUUGUUAUAUGAGGACAGCGAGUCCACAAAUGUAAACGAAACUGAUCUGAUCGCGACCGAAGUGGCUCAGAAAAAAAGGCUGACGUGCAAAGCCGCAUUGCCGGGUUCCACCGAAGAGGAAUAAGUGCCGAACUUUGCUGUAGUGAUGCUGCAAGUGGAAAUGAUCAUAUUCGUCUGUCUGAUCCUUUGGAUGUGUGUAUUUAGCCAAGAGCCCAGCUCCAAGGUGAUGGCCGACCGCUACGCCGUGUACUGGAACCGCACGAACCCCAGGUUCCACAGGGGAGACUACCACAUCGACGUCUGCAUAAAUGAUUACCUGGACGUCUACUGCCCCCACUACGCAGACUCGGUUCCCGAGGAGAGGACCGAGCGCUACGUCCUCUACAUGGUGAACUACGACGGCUACAGCACCUGCGAUGACACGGCCAAAGGCUUCAAGAGGUGGGAGUGCAACAGGCCACACUCACCCAGCGGACCUCUCAAGUUCUCCGAGAAAUUCCAGCUCUUCACACCGUUUUCCUUGGGUUUCGAGUUCCGCCCGGGCCGGGAGUACUACUACAUAUCAUCCAUGGUUACAGAGUCUGGGAGAAAAGGUUGUCUUAAGCUGAAGGUUUUUGUGAGACCAGCAAACAGCUGUGUGAAAAUCAUAGGCGUUCACGAUCGGGUUUUUGACGUUAAUGACAAAGUAGACAAUUCACUAGAACCACGAGAUGACAGCAGUCAUGAGUCGGCUGAACCGUCCCGAAGCGAUGCAUCAAACUCGGGCCAUCUGCCCCUGAUGCCAGGCCCCCUAGUGGUUCUUUGGCUGACCUGCAUCUCUGCACUUCUCACCUUAUAGCCCUCUCAUCUCCUCCCUCCCAGACAAGUCCCCUGGCCCCUGUUGCCCAGCUCUUAAGAGGCCUGAAACCCUCGCGCAGGCGAGUUCCUCGGGUACAAGAGGCUGCUGAGACUCUCCAGGAUCACUACUUUUGGACUUUUUGUUUGUUUGUUUGUUUGUUUGUAUUGUUUUUCCAAAUAUUUAAGUGGUCUUUCUGCAAUUAAGGCAAAUAAGUCUUCAGUAGUAAGGAGAAAACCAGAUCCUGUGUUUAGCGAAUCAGCCCGAUCGUGUUGUGAUAUCCGGUCACUGGGGUCCGAAAGCAAGGGGCGGAGAGGGUGCAGAUUUAGAAAAACUGUGGGUUUAAGUUCAUGUUAUUCAAAAGAAUAGAUGUAAAUGUCUACAUUAAGGGUGGGCCCUGAAACAAAACAUUCAGCUCUAUUCUUAGAGGCAAAACAAAAUGACUGUUUUCUUGUUCUGUCCUUCCCAUAAUAAUUAGCGAAGUUGGCCAGAUGUCCAGGCUCUGGAUCUGGCAAAACUGGCUGACAGAAAGUCUGAAGACUACAC